CCCGAAACCGGUACAUUUCUGAGUAUCCUUCACCGUUUGAAAAGCGAAGUUGCAAAUAAUGAUGACAUCAUUCCCUUUGUUGACUCAUUGUCCGAUGUCAGGAUUUGGAAUGAGGAAAUAAACCACCUGAAGGCGGAACGAGGAGGAAGCAAACUGAAACUGGACGAAACUGCUUCACCGUGGGCCGAGUCUUACAUUAUCAGGAAGUUGGCUAGUUUGUGCAGAGGAGAGAACAUAUCAGAGGAGGAUCUCAUUGGGAUAAAGUCGGAGUCUUUUCUGACCAGUCAUUAUCGCUUGCUGUCUAAAAUUAGCAUGCACCUGGUAACCUCUUUGGACGCAGACGACGAGGGUGACGAAGCGAAAGGAAAUGGCUUUUUGGGAGCCGUGGGGGAUGCGUUGCAAUUCUGCGCGUGGGCGCGUUGCCUCGCUGACAAGUUUUCUUCACAGCAGGAGGUAGGCGGAAUAAAAGAAGAACUGGCCAUUCUAAGGAGACACCUUUUAGCGAAUGAGGCAACGAAAGUAUUGGAUUUCCUAAAGCAAGGGGAAGACGGCACAGUCAAGGAAGAAAAAGUUGCGGAGUCGAGUGGACGGAGCUUACGUCGGGUUGACAUUGUUGUAGGUGGGGUUGGAAUUGAACUCUUCUUGGACUUAUGCUUAGCCGAUCUCGUUUUGGCAGCCGGGCUGGCCAACAGCGUGACCUUUCACCUCUCCGCCGUGCCUGAAGUCGUUUCCAUGGCAACCGAGACGGAUCUACGGACGAUGGUGAAGGCUCUUAUGGCGGUUAAUCACAUAGGUUUGUCUCAGUGCCACGGCCGCUGGAAGAAAAGGUUACAGGAUGGUUCGUGGCAGCUCAGAUCCGAUGUUUAUUGGACUCUACCCUUCAGCUACCUAGACAUGGCGAGCGGUGCACCGGAACUGUAUCAACAGCUCACCACGUCUAGGCUCGUCAUCUUCAGGGGAGACCAGCACUACCGGAAGUUGGUUGGGGCCGCGGAGAAUGUGUCUAAUUAUGCAAAGUUGUCUGGAAUCCCACGAGAAGUGCUGCCUGCCCCCAUAUGUGUACUUUGCCAGUUCAAGUCUCAGGCUGGAGCAUCUGGAGAGGAGUUGAACCCUAGUACAAAGGCCACCAUCGACUUCUACCCUUGA